AAAAAAUGACCCUUAUUUAUAAUAUAUUACACUUCUCACAGCUCUACCGAGUUAAGUUUAACCACAGAGGGUCUGUGUUUAACUUUUUCACUGAAACACUACAUUUGAUUUGUGUCUGUACGACAGGUGGUUUUAAAGAUAAAAGCGGGUAUUUCUUCGAUUGGUUGAAUUGCGGUUCACAUUCCCAGAGAUAACUGACAGAAAUAUCAGCGAGUGUCUGCGUGACUAGCCCCACGAUCGAGGUGUAUACCUGUUCGUCAUUAAUAACUGGGAAUUGCCCUGUUCUUUUGUUAAAUGUUUUAACUUUAUUAUAUGCAGGAUGUGUCAGGGUCGAAAUGUUUAUUUUUGCAAGCUUUGAAACCAAGCGGCACCCUGGUCAUGGGUUGGUCAUAUGACAUUCUCAAAUGGUCUACGUGUGUAAUUUAUUAUAUAAUUCAUGUUUAACGCGGAUUGUGUCACAUAUAUUUUUGAUAAUACGGAUGUUGGUGCACAUCUCUGGAGCCUAAUUGAUGUGAAUCAAUAGACGUCUGUAUGUGGCAGGCGUUGUUACACUAUCAAGGCCAACAUCAACGUAACUGUCAAACACACGGGCCAAUCACGUUAUAUCAAAAUAGAUUUUCAUCUCGUAAGCAUUUACUUUCAUCUAGUCAACAGGACAAGACACCAUUGGAUCAUUUCUUGAGGAUAAUAUUUUAGAAAUGGACGGAUCGUCAUUUAUCAAACAUGGCCGCAACAUGCUUGAGUACAUUAACAAAUAUAUCAGAAACACAGAACAGUUUCCAGUAUAUCCACACGUAAAGCCUGGUUACUUAAGACACCUGGUUCCAGAAAAGGCACCUGACCAACCAGAUACAUGGCCUAGCAUCAUGACAGAUGUUGAGGAUCACAUUAUGCCUGGGGUAACCCAUUGGCAACAUCGCCAUUUCCAUGCGUACUUUCCUGCUGGAAAUUCGUACCCAUCCAUUCUAGCCGACAUGCUGUCAGAUGCUAUUGGGUCGGUUGGAUUUUCAUGGUCUGCAAACCCUGCAUGCACUGAACUGGAGAUGAUUGUUGUUGAUUGGUUAGCAAAGAUGAUGAAACUACCGAAGCACUUUAUGUUUUCUACAGAAGGAAGCCGUGGUGGUGGCGUAAUACAGGGUUCGGCCAGUGAAUGUACUCUGGUGUGUCUUUUAGCGGCUAGAGACCGAGCGAUUAAAGAUCUGCAACUCAAAUAUCCAGAUGAAGAUAAGGCAGUUUUACUUUCAAAACUCGUCGCGUAUUGCUCAAAACAGGCUCAUUCAUCAGUGGAAAAGGCGACGAUGAUCGGUUUUGUUAAACUCCGACAACUACCGACUGAUGAAAACUAUUCGCUCAGAGGAUCAACUCUACUGCACGCAAUCAAGAACGAUGAAGAAAAAGGGUUGGUGCCUUUCUAUGUGGUAGGUACCCUUGGCACCACAAGUGUCUGUUCGUGUGACAACCUGGAGGAGUUGGGAAAAGUGUGUUCUGAAAGAAACAUUUGGUUUCACUGCGAUGGAGCGUACGCAGGAAACGCCCUCAUCUGCCCGGAAUUCAGUUACUUAUUAAAAGGCUUCAAAUUAUUGGAUUCCUUUAACUUCAACCCUAACAAAUGGAUGAUGGUGAACUUCGAUUGUUCCGUAAUGUGGGUUAGACAGAAAGAAUUGCUCAUUAGCGCCAUGAACGUUGAUCCAUUGUAUCUCACGCACGAUAAGAAAGAUGAAACCGUUGACUAUCGACACUGGACCAUUCCUUUGAGUCGCCGCUUCCGGUCACUGAAACUUUGGUUUGUCAUUCGAUCAUAUGGCGUCCACGGUUUACAAAACUAUAUUAGAAAGCACGUUCAACUCGCAAAGAUUUUUGCCGCAUGUGUUGUUUCAGACAACCGAUUUGAGUUGAUUGGACAGGUUCGCUUCGGUCUGGUCUGCUUCAGAUUAUUGGGAGACAAUGUACGAACUGAACUACUACUGAAGACAAUUAAUGAGUCGAGAAAGUUGCAUCUGACGCCUUCAAAAGUCGACGACAAAUUUGUGAUCAGAUUUGCUAUUUGCCAUCCAAAUGCAAACGAAGAUGAUAUAACAUACGCCUGGAAUGUUAUACAAGAUGAGGUAGAGUUGAUUCUGAAUCCGAGAAUGAGCAGCGAUUCUAACCAGCUAAAUCAAUGUAACAACAAAGAGCAAGAGAAUAGCUCUCCCAUAAUGCACAGUUUACUCAACAAAUUGAAAAAUUUCAACACCAACGCUCAAGCUCCGUAUUUUAGAACAGUAGAGUAG